AUGUCGCUACGUCCUCUCGGAUGUCAAUCCAAUCUAUACGCGCAAUUAUUUCGCAGACAUACCAUCCUCAAACCCCUACGAUACCCCUCAUGCUCACGCGACACCCAAUUCAAGCUUCAAUGGGCCGGGAGAACCUUGCACCUUCAUGAACCACCGGCAUUGUCGCAAAGGCGUUCGUUUGUCGAUCUACCCCGAUCCGCGCAUACAACACAUAGCCACAGCAACAAACCACGAGCUCACAAAUGCCACCAUGAGUCCACGGAAAACGAAGACAUAUACUGUGCGCAUUGUGGUGGAAAGACGAUUCCCAAGAUCCGCAAGCCCGUCGACCCGACAGACCAUUCCCUCGGCUGGCACUGCAAACCAUGUCGCCAGGUCUUAAAUGUUCACGGCGCCCUACCGAAUGAGGAACAGCUUGUGUUGAUCCGACGUCGACGGUUAAUAUGGGAGAGUGGUGAAACCAAGAAAAGAAGCCCCUGUCGACACUGCGGCGAAAUUACAGCUCCGAAAAGCAGUCGAAAGUUCAUCGACCCUGAGAACCCAUCUGCGGGUUUUCACUGUCGAUCAUGUGUUCGACAUGUACACCAGCAUGGCUCUCUACCUUCUGAGCUUGAAAUCGCAGCUUUCAGGACUCGCAGAGAAAAUCGGGCGAAGAGUAACGCUGGCCGCACGAAGGACACAACCCAAGAGAGCGCAGGAAGCUCGAAAGAAGAGACCCGGGCUUCCAGGUCCAAGUCCACAGAGCCGAAGCAGAGUCGUGAUCCGCAUAACUGUCAACACUGCGGCGAUUUGACAUAUUCCAACAACAAACGGAGGCUCGUUGAGCCACAAAAUCCCUCCAGUGGUUACUACUGUCAGCCGUGUAGUAGGAGUCUUAUCAAAACCGACGCCCUGCCAAGCACUGCGCAAAUCGAAGCGCUCAGGAAACGCCGCUUGAAACGAAGCGCUACCGCUGCCCCACCAGCGCGUGCGAUGAAAAGCCCUUGUGUUCACUGCGGUAUGACCACCGCCCCAGGUGGCAAGCGCCGACUGGUCGAUCCCCAGAAGCCGUCUUCCGGGUACUACUGUCGUGGUUGCAGCUCCAGCUUGAAGGUAACCAACUCCCUACCCGACGCGAAGACGAUAGCAUUCUGGAAGUCUCGUGAGAAGGUUCGACAAAGCAAUAUCCAAGCUGCGCUAGAAGCUUCUGCAUCGCAGGCUCAAUCCUCGCAGGAGGGUUCCUCUCCGACAGGCGACCAGCUCAAAUCCUGCGAACACUGCAAGGCCGAUGAAAAUACUGUGACUAUCAGACAUCUUGCCACUGUGGAUCGAGAUAUUUGCACCUCGUGUCUUAAUUAUUUUGACGUUUCGGGCUCACUUCCGGACCCGAAUGCUCUGUCCCGCCGGCAUAAUCUGAGAAUCGCCCGGGCGCGCAUUCAAGCUGAUAUUGAAGCUGGUCGGCCAUUGGCUUGUGGUCAUUGCAAGCAACCUCGGCCGCAAUUUCCGACCGGACAUUGGAAGAUUGGAGGACAGUUCUUUGAUUUGGUUUGUCCGAGAUGUCAACGCUUUGGACACUGA